GGUCGGGUAAUAGAAACCCGAACUCGGAAAGAGGCAAAUCUGGGAUCCAUCAAGGUUGAGACUUGAGAGGUUGGAGAUUGGUUUAGGGUUUAGGAAGCAUCGCAUUGAGUGAAACAAUGGCGUCUCUGAGAAGUGGAGCUUCGUUGCUGAAUCGCCUUUCGAAAUCGCUUCUUCAUUCCAACAACCCUAAACCUCUAUUAUUCCCUUCUCUCUCUAAGCUUCCCGCUGCAAUUUCUCCCCAAAACGACGCCGAAUUUCCCCACCACCAACCCUUUCUCUACCCAUGCGGCCUCCCCUCUCUCCGCUUCUUCUUGCCUCAGGGGGAUGCUCCUUCGGCUGAUGAACCGAUGCUUUUAUUCCCCAAAAGGACAUUUCAACCUAGCCUUAUUAAACGAAAGAGGAACCAUGGGUUUUUUGCCCGGAAAGCAACCAAGGGUGGCAGAAAAGUAAUUGCUCGAAGAAUAGCCAAGGGCCGGUUUAGGAUUACAGCUUAGUGUCCUAUUGCUUUGACAUUGGAGCUAAAUAUUCAAUCUAGAAACUUAGUGCACUUCAUGUUAAGAGCCUUGUGUUUUUCUUUUGGUUUGGUUGGGGUGGGAGAGUGGAGUUGUUCUGACUCCGAGUAAAGUCUGCAAUGGGCAAUUUUUCAGGCAACUUUUGUGUGUGGAUAUGUUAAACAUUCAGUAUAUUGUCUAUUUGAAAUUCUCGUCAGUAGUUGCAAUAAUUUGCGUCUCUAGUAUUAAUUUUAUGUCGAGUACCGCAGAAUAAUCUAGCUUACUGGAUUGUAAAGAAACUUGUAGCUUUGUGCUUUUUAAUGUCCU